UUGUUGGGCGAGGGAGAGAGGAAUCGGUGGAGGGGCGGAAUGGAAGAGGAAAGGGGAUUGGAGAACCGCUUGAAUGCGGUCGAUCCAGCGUUCUAUGAUUGCUUCUACGGUAUCGCCAACACCCAACAAACAGUUGUUGAGCGAUGCUACAAGGAUAUCGGAUGCUGUCAGUACGGAUGCUGUGACAAUGAUGACUGGCAUAACAAAUACGGAUGGGCUGUAGCAUUGAUUGUGAUCUUCUGUAUACUGGUAAUCAUUGCUUUUGCCAUCUGGUUAGCUGUAUGGCUGAUCAACCGAGCCAAGGAUAAACGUCAAAAACGAGAACUGAUGUACGAUCAAUCCUCUUUCUCAUCGGUAUGUCACUUUCAGAAUUCAUGUUAA